AUGGGCCACAAUAUGAAAAACCUGAAAAAGCGCAAGGUUGUCGCUGCCCCCAAAGUGGAGGAGAUCAAUUUCGACCCCGAAAGUCGUCAGGAAUGGUUGACUGGAUUUCACAAGCGCAAGGUGCAGCGCGCCAAGCAAGCGCAAGAGAAUGCCGCAAAGCAAUACAAAGAGGACAAGAGAGCCAUGAGAGCAAAGAUUCGCGAGGAGCGCAAAAAAGAUUUCGAACAAGCAAUGGAUGAGCAUUCGAAAGUACUUCAGCGUAUGAAAGAAGAUGCUGGCGAUAUCAGCGAUGAGAAGGAGGAGGAGGAUGAAGAUGACUGGAAUGGAAUUGAAGAACCUCCAGCAGUGGAUUAUGAAGCCGAGUAUAUCGACGAAGACAAAUACACGACAGUCACUGUCGAAGAGAUGGAUGCAUCCCGUGAAGGUCUGCUUAAAUCUGCACAUGAAUAUGAUACCGACACCGAAGAAAAAGAGCAGAAGCCGACUGAGACGAAAGACGCCGACACAAAGACUGCCAAGAAGAGAAAGCCCCGGAGUGCAGCCUCAGAGGCAGCUAGGAAGAAGAAGAGGAAUUUCCGCUACGAGAGCAAGGAUGUGCGCAGAGAAACAAUGCGCAAGCAGCGCAACGUCAAAUCCAAGAAGGCGAAGGCACGCAAGGAUAAAGAGACUUGA